AUUUCGUUUCCUGCCUUGCUAUGUAUUUGCCGGUUUACUGAAUAAAAGUUUUGCAAUUUGCUAAAACACUUUGUAUAAACAGUGAACUCCAUAAGCAAUGAUAACCGAAGCACCACAAGAGUUACUGGUAUUAUAUAUCUGAGGUAUAACGCUGAAAUCGGAUAUUAGAGCCACCAUGUGCAAGCGCCCAGCCCCGGAGUGCAAGCAGAUUGCAGAAGAAAAUCAACUGAACAAUGAAGCCGAAGAAGAAAAUGAUGACAAUGCUAUGAGUGAAGAUGAAGAUGAUACCUACGGAUCAGAUUCUGAAUCCUCCUACAGCGAGUCCAGUGUAAACAUGAGAACAGAGUCGGAAUCCGAUGGAGAAUCAGCCAGCGCACACAGAGUUACCCCUGACAUGGUCCUCCUACUCAUGCUCAAAGACAAAGGGGCUAUAACGGAAGAAAAAUAUGCUGAGAAAGCUGAAAAAUGUGAUAGAAACUUUAGAUCCUUGAUUCCUUAUGUUCCAAGAUCACGAAGGUCUUCAUAUGAAGCUGAUGAUUCUAAUGACGAAGAUGAAAAUGAUGCUGUAGAAACUAGUAAUAAAAAUGAGGUUGAAUGUGAUAAAGAUAUAACAAAAGAUAUUAGAUCUGUUGAAAACGUAGGAAAUGAAAAUAUCAUAGAAGGUGAUUCUGAUUCGGUUAAAAAUGAUUCAAAUAUUGCUUUAGAUGUAAACAAUGAUCUCAAUUGUGAAGAGAUUUUAUUAGAUAAGCAAAAAGGAAGUGUAAGCGAUAACCAAACGAAAUGUGAAGUAGAAGAAAAAAUACCAAUUGUUCCAAAACUAACUUGCGAACUAAAUGCAGACAGUGCAAUUCAAGACACAAACAGAGAUACUAUGUCAGAAAGUAUUAAUUUAAAAUCUAUGAAUAAUGAUAAUGAUAGUCAGAAGCAGGUUGAAAAUAGCAUCGUAGAGAUGAAGAAUAAACUAGAACAUAACUUAGUACCAGUAGAUAACAAAAUAACAGAGCCAAACCUCAAUGCGCCCAAAGACCUAGGCAACCAAGUUGUCUCAUCAAAACCAGAAGAAACCAAAGAGGGUCACAAUUCUGAAGUCGAAAAAAGAAUAAGCCUCGAGACUAUUCUUUUGCAAGAACUCAAUUUGUUGCGUGGAGAUAAUAAUAAUUCAAUCAAGGACGAAAAUGAACACUUAUUAAAAACAAAAGCAAAAGCCAAAGAUGCAGAUCAGAACUCUAAAGACGAAAAUGAAACUAACAGUCUUCCAAAAGAAAGUACUUUAGAAUCAGUCGAGCACAAAAGUAAAGAGACAAGUAAUAAUGAUAAUCAAAGCACAAAUGAUCUUGACUUAGCAAAAAAAUCUGAAAAAUCCAAAAUAGAAAAUAAAAAUUGUCAGACAGAAUCGAAUUCGACUGGCAAAUUAACAAAAAGUUUCAAGUAUAUCCUAAAGAAGUUAAUAAGAGAAAAUCGCAUCCCGAGAGAAGACGAAGAUCGCAUUAAUGACGCAUAUGGAGAAGAUUAUGGAGAUCAUUUGCUAUCGUUCACGAAUUCUUUAGAUACAUACUAUAAAAACAAUACAAAUAUAGAAUUAUCUGAUGAUGAAUACGAAGAAGAUAUAAAUCUUAGAGAAUUUGCCGUCUUUCUAAACUUCUAUUCGCCGUCAUCUUAUAAACAUAUCUUGGAAACCUAUAAUACUCCACUGCCAGAUUCAAAAGUAUUAUACUCAUGGUAUUUGAAAGAUGAUUACUAUCCAGGUCUGACAAAGCAAGCCUUUAAGAUUUUAAAGGAAAAAUCUUCAGUGAAAAAGCUGACUUGCACCUUGAUGCUUAUAGAUGUAUAUUUGAAGAACGAAGGCGAAUAUUGUGACCAAGUUGAUUAUGGUCAAGGGGAGAAUGUUGACUGUGAAGACAAAGCCGUGCUCGCUUAUGUAUUUGUGUUAGUAAGCGUGGAUGAAGACUGGAAGAUGCCGAUCGGGUACAUUUUCGCUCGGAAUAUACCGGCUGAGACGCAAGCAGAGUAUAUCCGGAUCUGUUUAACACAUUGCCACGAAGCCGGAGCGGAUGUUGUAGCCGUCACAUUAGAAAAUCCUACCCCGGCAGAGUUCCUAGGAUGCUCCUUUAAUAAUAUCAGAAAUUUAAAGACUACGUUUAGGCACCCAUCUUGUGAUCGAGAAGUGGCUGUUUGGAUAGACCCCUGCUUGGCUCUCAAGAGCGCUCGUCAAACACUAAAAGUCAAAGGUGUUUUAAAAGAUCAUGAGGGCAAAAAAAUUCGAUGGAACUUAAUAAGAAAACUGCAGCGAAUGCCUACAGAUCAUUUCAUUGAUAUGGAAGACCCGGAGUUUUACGAACUAAAAAAUCAUAUCGCGAAGAUCGACCUCACGGUGAAGACUUUCAGUGAGAGUUUGGUUACAGCUUUGAGUCUCGCUGAAAAGUUGCUUCCGGAUGACUUCACGGAUGUUGAACCGACGCGGAGAUACAUCGCGUUCAUCAAUUUGUUGUAUGAUAUACUUAACACGAAGGUGACUGUUAGGAUGCGCGAUAUUGCUGUGAAAUUACAAUCUGCAAAAAACUACCUGCUGCAUAUAUUUUUUAAUGAAGAAAAUGAACUGACGCCUUUGGAUAGAGAGAAUCUCGCGUGGCUACCACGCCGACAAGGCUACCGGUACUUUCUCAAAGGAGAACCGAUCUGCGGGUUCAUCGGGUUCCUGAUCUGUAUAAAGAGUUUCAAGCACUUAUACUCCACUUUGAUUAAAAAAGAGAAAAGAAUCACCGGCCUAGAUCCUCAGCGACUGUGCAAAGUGCAAGCGGAAAAUUUGGUGAACAAUCUAAGAGCAUAUACCUGGGCAGAUCCUGACUCCUUAUCCGGAGAUGAUUUCCGAAGAUUCUAUAAGAAUUUAUUUGGAUAUAUUGAGAAAAAUCCGCAGUUUUCUGACAAAACUGUCCCGUUAGAACACUGGCCGUUGACAAACAAUUUUUCUCCAAUGGUGACCAUCAAGAUGACUUCAGGCAAGCGGUCUUAUGAUGAUGUCUACUCCGGACAAUACAGGCUUAAAAAGAUGAAAAAGACUGAUGAUGAAAAGUCAGAUAAAUGUGUCCGAGAUUUGUCCAAAGCGAUGGACGCAGAAAUAGACUUAUCGGUGAAAAAGAACAUGGUCGGUUUCCUAGCGGGCUGGAUCGCCGCUAAAUUCGCAAAAUGCUUGAAAUGUGAAGACUGCAUAAACUUGGUUUUUAGCGAUAAUAAACUCUGGUUUCACAAGCACAUUACUCUCUCAUGGAUUUACGCGUUAUGCUUGCCAAGCGAGGAAAUGUUUAGGAUCUGUUGGGAGUGCGAGCGAGCGCUCCGUUUGAAAGGGUCUCUUUUACGUCUUAAGGCGUGGGUGCUCCGCCGUCUAGCCUCGAAAUUCCCCUGGUCUAGAGGUCCAAAAAUAUCUAAACACAGGCCUAUGCAUCACAUUCACCUGGUGCGAGCUGUGAUCGGGAAAUACUUCGCGCUGCGGGUGCCGACGCCUUUCGGCAAGAAAGACAGAGAGAAGAUUGUCGAGUUGUAUCAACAGUUCACGACUGUAGAUUCAGAUGCGUCGUUGGACAAGUAUAGAAUUAAGAAUUUGGAAGAAUGGUUGGAUGGUAGCAAGGAGGAGGUUUCAGAUUAUUAAAUCUUAUAGAUCCCGUUAAAAAGAUUUGCACCGCCGUGGUACAAAAAAAAGAAGUUUGUUAAAAGCAUCGAGGACAUACCCCAAAUAUGGAAUUGUACUGUACUCGAUGGAAUAUGUAUGGAAUAUGUGUGUAUAUGGGAUAUGUACUCGAUGGAUAAAAGCUACCUGUUUUAUGAAGCUGUGUGCUCUCUAUAUUUCUAGAAAGAAUUCAUUCCUGUUUAUUUGUGUGUGUCAGCAUAGAGGAAUAAAUAAGGAAAGAGUUGUAACUUCAUACAUCAGUAAAUGCGAGUUAUAGUGACAUCUAUCGUCAAUCACGCGUCAAAUACCGUAAAUUAUCAGUACUGCUACUUGUCAA